GGACCAUAGCUUGGGACUUCGACUCACCAGUAUCACUCCGCCCCUCACGCACAGCUACAGCAUCCAGUCUAUGAGCAUCCAUCAGGUUCCGAACAGUCUCCAAACAACAUGGUGCUUUUGAGGUUCACGCCAUGGAAAAAAAUUUCCAAAGUGGAAUAACAACGCUGAAACGAGAUGGAGGAGGACUUUCUACCUGUGUCGGAACACCUGCUGACUUACGUGAGGAAACUCAAAGAAGUGUUUGACGUGUGUGACGGGGACUCGGACGGUCUCAUUCACCGAAAAGACUUGCUGCACUCAGGUUCACAGUUUGGGGAAGAAGAACAGGUGAAGAAAUUGGUCAAAUGUCUGGACUGCGACUCUCACGGGAGGAUCAACUUCAAAGAUUUCUGCUGCGGAGUCCUCACUGUGAAAGGUUAUGUUGGGAUCCUAAAAAAUAAAAGGGCACAAUUCAUCACAGGGCUAUAUGAAACAGCUAAAGGCUGCUAUGAGGGUGCUGAGGAGGAGCGGCUGUGUCCGGUCAUCAUGUGCACACGGGCCCAUCCUGACCCCGUCCCUGAGUGCCAGCUGUUCCCAGAAGAGGUGGACGAGCCUGAGGAGGAGGUGGCAGACGAGGGCAGGGAGAGAGAAUCAGACAGAGACAGUGCCGUGGAAAGCACGCAAGGGUCAGACACCUCAGACGGGCCUAUCAGACCAGGAGACAAGGAAGACGCACUGGGGGAUUUGUUUUUCCCUGGCGAGAAAAUCGGUCAGACCAGCAUCUCUGUGACCUCUGAUCUAUCGACACGUUCUUCGGCUUCUCUGAACGAGGAGCAGUUUGAGGACUACGGGGAAGGAGAGGAACCUGACUACAUUCCCAGCAGCCCCUGCCCUGACGACGAGACUCGUACUAACGGGUACUCAGACCUUGGCUCAUCUGUUCCUUCAAGUGCCGGCCAGACACCCCGUAAGGUGCGUCAGCAUUACACCGGUGAACUGAUGGACGUCUACUGUUCUCAAUGCAGCAAGAAGGUCAACUUGCUCAAUGACCUGGAGGCUCGCCUUAAAAACCUCAAGGCUAAUAGCCCCAACAGGAAAAUCUCCAGCACUGCUUUUGGAAGGCAGCUGCUUCAUAACAGCAACCUUAGCAGCAGUAACGGCAGCACAGAAGACCUAUUUAGAGACAGCAUCGACUCCUGUGACAUCGACAUCAAUGAGAAGGUGAGCUCUCUAGAGAAGAAGGUGGCUGAACUGGAGAAUGAGAUUCUGUUGAACGGUGAUCUUAAGUCGAAGCUGAAGCAGGAAAACACACAGCUAGUACACAGGGUUAAUGAGUUGGAGGAGCAGCUGAAGGACCAGGAGACACGGGCAGAGCAAAAUCUGCAGGCAGAGCUGAGACGACACAGAGAGGCCUACAGCAAGAUGGAAAGAGACAAAAAUACACAGAUAGAGCUGCUGUCCAACAAAGCAAAGCAGCUGGAGGACGAGAAUAACGACUUUUCAAUGAACAUGUGCCGGCUCAAAUCACAGACGGAGAAACUGGAUGAGGAGAAGCAAAGGAUGACAGACAAGCUGGAGGACACCAGUUUACGCCUGAAGGAUGAGAUGGACCUCUACAGGAAAAUGAUGGACAAGCUGAGACAGAACAGAAACCAGUUCCAGAAAGAAAAAGAAGGCAUGCAGGAGCUGAUAGAGGACUUGCGUCGCGAGCUGGAGCAUUUGCAGCUCUUCAAGCUGGAAUCAGAGAGGCCUGGACGCAGCCGCAGCUCUUCCACCAGUCUGGCAGACUUCAACUGCAGGACCAGGGAGGUGGAGCUGGAGCAUGAGGUCAAGAGGCUCAAGCAGCGAUUUGUGUCCCAGGACUUUCUCCCCCCUGAAUUCCAGCACCUGGUGUUGUCUGGGGCUCGGCUCCGUCCUGGUCUGAUGGAGAACCAGAAGCUGAGGGAGCAGAAUGAUGAGCUCAACGGUCAGAUCCUCAGCCUCAGCCUGUAUGAAGCAAAGACCCUGUUCGCCACACAGACCAAGGCACAGUCUUUAGCUGCAGAGAUAGACAACGCAUCCAGAGACCAGUUAAUGGAAGCCCUAAAGGAGCAGGAAGAAAUUAACUUACGUCUGCGGCAGUACAUGGACAAAAUCAUCCUGUCCAUCCUGGACCACAACCCGUCCAUCCUGGAGAUCAAGAACUAACAUCAACUCAACUGGAAUGAAAAUCACUCCCAGUUUCAGGAGAUUGAGGAUCAUUACAGUUGUUAGAUUGGAAUCUACGUCAGGAUACUCUACAGGAAUAUGGAACAUAUAAAUAGACACUCAUCGCCCCCUGCUGUUCGUGGCAGGAAGAAAGCUUCUCUUGCAGAGAAGUUAGAGUGCGACUCUGCUGAACUAAAGAGAGUUUCUCUCAAAAAGCAACUGUGUCUUUAUUAGCUGUCUAUGCUGUGAACUAUAGCUACUGUCACCCAUUUGAACUAAUAGGACAGAUCUGGUGAUUUUUUUCCCUGGGAAUCCACUGGGAACAACAUGCUUUGAGGAUCAACAGAGUUACUCACUGUAGUAGGCUGGACAUACGUACCUUGACAUAAAGCUGGAAUAAUGUAACAAGCCUGAUGUGGGUUCUACUGUAUCCUGGUAUAACAAGAAGUCUAUUAUCCUCAGACAAACAGCUUGGUAUGAUGUAGGGAGAAUCAUUUUAGGAAAAUGGACGGAGAGCUUGAAAGCAGAUUGUAAACCUGACUCUGACCCUAAGAGACAUGAAGGUAGACCAGUCACAUUUUAUCUCAUCUAUAAACAUGUUUUCUCCUUCAUCAUAUAGACGUUCUCUAAGGAAUGUGGCACGUUUGUAAGAGAAGAAGAGGAAGUGCCUGGAGAAAAAAAGAAGUGUAAAGCUCUUUGAAGCUGAUAAGUCUAAAGGUAGAGGAAUCAAAAAAGAAAAAGCAGUGGAUUCUGAUGAUGGUCAAUGUGUGUUAGCAAUCGAGGGUUUAAGUGAAGUUGGUGAUGGUCAAGCGAAGGUGAGAAGUUUGAUUUUUCAAGAACAUGUCUUCCAGUAAACAUGCAACAGCACUUGCUGUGUCAAUCAGUACAUUAGUAUUUUUAUUUGUAACUGAGAAGUGGCCCUCAGUUGGCUCAGAUGAAAAGUCGAGUGUCACUGUAUGGUACAGAAGCUGCAACCAAGGAGUGUCUUUGAACUCUAAAUUUACAUGGUGGCUAUUUGCUAGCAAUGCCUUAGCUUGAAAAGCUACACUGUUGCCAGCAAUGAGCCCAAUGAUGUUGCACAGAACUGUAAGGUUAUGAAUGUAUAGGGUGUAUGGUGGAUUACUGGUAGCCAUUGUCUCUAUGCUCUGUAAAAUCAUCUCAGAUAUUGUAUGUGAGCAUGCACAGGAGACACUUUUUGUUACAUUGAACUUGAUUAGGUAUCUCAUUGAAGCCCACAAAUUGCAGAUUGUGUUUAUAGUCCAGACGGCUCUCUGAAACUCUCUGAUACUGUAAAUAUCAUGAAUGUAAAUCUGGAUAUUUCACAUUCUCUGACUUUAAAUUGGCUGUAAUUGGAUGAGAUACAUUGUACAACUCAUGUACAGUAUUCAAUACUGUAUUGAAGAGGGGAAACAAUUACAAUCUGCUGUAUUAUGUAAUGAUUCUAAACUUGAGUUUUGCUUCCUUGCACAAAAAUGAGUUUUUCUUUCAUUUGCAUGGUUCACCUUUUCUUCUGUCUGUGCCUUUUGAGGACAUUUUUCCCAACGAUGUUGCUAAUGAUUGACAGUUUUUUGAAGCUACAUUCUAUGUUGAUGUAUGACAUAUUUUCUCGACUUGUAAAUGUUGUAAUUAUAUAGUGAUAAUUUGUAUUCAUGUGCCACUCACCAGUCUUUUUUGAAUUGAUACUAUGAAAACUAUUUUAUACAGUUUUAACAAGAAAGAACUUGUGAUUGCUUAGGUGUCCUUUAUGAAAAGCAGUAGAGCACAAUGCUUUGUAUGGUACACUGGCCAGGCUAGCAUUUUGGAAAUACUUUGAAGAUUUUUUUAAUGCAAUGGGAAAUGUUUUAAUGCAUUUCUCAUUUUUUUGUUAGUCACGGUGAGUCCAUUGCUUUUCAUCUUGCUUCAAACUGGCUUUUAUAUGGUAGUAAACUGUCUUCCUAACUUAAGCUAAAUGGUGAGCAUUAUGAGCAAUAUUAACUUAUAACAGUACCUGCUGAUUUGUGUCUUGUUUUGCCUCACAAAUCUUUUGACUCUAGCUGGAUGGAAAUGAAUAAAUGGUACAUAAAGCUGUAAAAUGUGUCACAAACUCAUUUCUUGUAGCUCUUACAUUUUAAUUUAUUAGGACUAUCCAAUGCGAUGUAGUCACUAUUAAUAGCAAUAAAACUGCUUUGGUGGCAAUCCUGA